CUUUUGUAUUAGGAACAUACCCAGAUAAACAGGGUGCUCGUGCUCCUACUUUUGUGUUUCAAAGUUCGCCAUCUAGCCUGAAGCAAAAGAAGGCAAUCAAGCGAUGAAGCCAAAUUUAAGGUUGUGUGCAGCAACAGUGGCCAUAGUUAUGAGUCUCCAGUUGUUCAAGUUGGGUCCAAUCCCGGGUUCCCAAAACCUUCUCCACACCUCCGAAAUACUCCAACUCACCGGAGCCGUCGGGCCGGAGAGUCUUGCUUUCGACCCCAACGGUGAUGGCCCUUACACCGGUGUCGCCGAUGGUCGUAUCCUCAAGUGGGAUCCCAACCACCACCGUUGGACUGAUUUCGCAGUCACCACAUCUCAAAGGAAGGAGUGUGUUAGGCCUUUUGCACCAGAAUUGGAGCAUGUUUGUGGAAGACCUUUAGGCCUAAGGUUCAAUAAGAAAACUGGAGAUCUCUAUAUUGCUGAUGCAUACCUUGGUUUACAAGUAGUAGGUCCUGCUGGAGGUUUAGCAUCUCAAGUUGUUAAAGAAGUUGAAGGACAGCAGCUUCACUUCACCAAUGAUAUUGACAUUGAUGAGAAGAAGGAUGUGAUUUAUUUCACUGAUUCGAGUACAGUGUUCCACAGAAGAAACAGUGCAUCUCACUGGAAAAUUAUUGAGCUGUACAAGACAGCGGGUGCUUCCAUGAUCACUGUAAUCUCAAAGCAAUUCAUGUCAUCAAUUUUGAAUGGAGACAAGACUGGCAGAUUACUGAAGUACAAUAUAUCUAGCCAAGAAGUCGUGGUUUUACUACAAGGUCUUGCUUUUGCCAAUGGUGUUGCGUUGAGCAAAGACCACUCCUUUGUGCUAGUAGCUGAAACCACUAAUUGCAGGAUCUUGAGGCAUUGGCUUUAUGGUCCAAAUGCUGGAGAUACAGAUAUAUUUACCAAGCUUCCAGGAUUCCCAGAUAAUAUCCGAAGGAACUCGAAAGGUGAGUUUUGGGUUGCAUUACAUGCAAAGAAAGGACUUUUCGCGAAGUGGUUGGUGUCUAACACAUGGGCUGGAAAGUCACUCCUAAAGCUUCCUCUAGGCUUCAAGCGAUUGCAUUCACUACUGGUAGGAGGAAAGGCUUAUGCAACUGCUAUAAAGUUAAGCGAGAAAGGUGAUGUUUUGCAAGUAUUGGAAGAUUGUGAGGGAAAGAGCAUGAGGUUUAUCAGUGAAGUAGAAGAGAAGGAUGGAAAACUUUGGAUGGGGUCAGUUCUAAUGCCUUUUAUAGGGAUAUAUAACUUGUAGUAGGUUCCUUUGGAUGUAAUUAUAUGGGAACAUCUUUGAUUCGUGAAUUGUCUUCCAUCUUUUCGUCAUGUAAUAAAACAUCAACAACUGGUUACACUUUUGUUGAUAUUUUCUAAUACCAUAUGGACCAAGGAGGGAGAUUCCUGGAGUAAGCUAGAGAUUCCUUGUAUGGCACUAUGUCAACAUGGUAUUAUUUCUGUGGGUUCUAUAUCGAUUUUAGAGAAGGGUGAAG